AGAUAACACGUUCUCAAUGUAACUUAACAUGCGAUAGUUCAAUUAUUCGUUUGUUAGUGCCUAGUUGAGUGAUAGUGAAGUACGAAUAUGAGUAAAAAACUUCAUAUUUAUUCCGGUCUCUGCUUGGGAAUUUUAGCGUAUUGGAUAAAAUCAAAGCUAGAUAGUUCCAAGUUUCCUUAUUUUGAAAAUGGUAAUCCAAUAUUGAAAAUACAUACCGGACAAAUUCGUGGACAUCCGCUCAAAACAGAAAAUGGAAAAUCAUAUUAUGCGUUUCAAGAAAUUCCUUAUGCCGCUCCUCCCGUUGGAGAACUCAGAUUUCAGGAAGCCAUUCAACCAGAACCCUGGAGUGGUAUUUUAGAUACGACCAAAAAUACAAAAGUUUGUUAUCAGAAAAAACCGCCAUUUGAUGACCAAACACCAGAUCCGAGAGAAAAUGAAGACUGUCUAUAUUUGAACGUUUUCACUUCCAAACUACCUUUCGAAGAAACUUCCAGUCUACUUCCAGUUAUGGUCUAUAUCUAUGGUGGAACCGGACAAAGUGGCGAACCUACCGAAUAUAAUUUUGAUUUGUUCCUGGAUCAAGAUAUCGUUGUUGUUACUUUCACUUUUCGUUUAGGAGCUCUUGGUUUACUUACAACGAAAGAUGGUGUAUUUCCAGCCAAUAUAUCCUUGAAAGAUCAAAAUUUGGCACUGAAAUGGAUUCAGAGAAAUAUUAUUUAUUUUGGAGGUGAUCCCUCAAAAGUUACUUUAGUUGGACACAGUUCAGGAGCUGUUUCCGUAGGAUUCCAUGUCAUCAGUGAAAAAUCCAAAGUACGCAUUUGCGGGGACUUUAAAGUUACGAUAAAUCCUUUCAUAGAAAUCGACCCUUAUCCAUUACCAAAAAUUGAAAAUUUGUUCAGUACACUAGCUGGUGGUGUCCACUUUACUAAACUAGACAUGUCCAAUGCUUAUCAGCAGAUUUGUUUAGAUGAGAUUUCGAAAAAUUUCAGUUCAUCAGAAGUUAUUUUUCGAUGCAUUUAUUAUAAUUGUGAAACUACGAAUCCGAAACUUCUAGAAGUACAUACUAUGCUAGAUUUGAAUGUACCCCCUCACCUUACUGGAGAGAGUUUACCUUAUAAUAUACCGAUAAAUUGGACGAUGACCAUAGAAGACCCCAAAGAGAAGAAUCCUUUUCUAAUAGGACCAUUCCAUGAUGAUGUGAAGGAUGGAAACAUAAACAAAGUGCCCAUUCUAAUUGGAAUCACCGAUGAAGAAUUGAUAGGUGUUGACCUAACACAUGAAAUGGCAGCCUAUGUCGAUAAUAACAUUACUUGUAUCGUUAACACUAGAGCAAAUAUAAAAGAAGAAAAUAAACUUGCAUUCGCUACUGAGCUCAGAGAUAUAUACACAAAGGUUCCCUUUCAGCAGAAUAUGACGGCGUUUUAUAGGUUCAAUUCCGAUUUUAUUACUGCUAUGGCCGUGAUUCGUCAUGCGGAUCUUCACUCUAAGCACGCAGACACCUAUUUCUACCAGUUUUCCUACAAGGGGCAUCUUAAUGGAUUGCUGAAACCGCUAAAGCGACCUCCAGGUCUUGGAAAAUGUGGACAUUGUGAUGAACUGACAUUCUUAUACAAAUACAGAUGGGCUCCAGAUGUUGUUCCCUCACCUUCCGAUAUACUUACUAGAAAGCGCCUAGCCACAUUGUGGGGAAAUUUUAUCAAAUAUUCGUAUGUAUACAGGUUUCAAAAAGUAUCUAGGAUAAAUUGAAAGGGGUAUAUAUUUAGGCUUGGCUUCCUCCUUAUCCAUCUUCAUGCAA